CUCUCCGUGAGGGGCUUGGCGGAGCCGCUGUUUGUGCGCCGGCAGGGCCCGGAGGACCGCGGUGCCAUUGUGCCCAGCCCGGCCAUGGCCGCCCGCGGUGCCCAGCGGCCCAACGGGCACUCGCAGCCCAGUAAGAUCUGCCAGUUCAAACUGGUGCUGCUGGGAGAGUCGGCUGUGGGCAAGUCCAGCCUGGUGCUGCGCUUCGUCAAGGGCCAGUUCCACGAGUACCAGGAGAGCACCAUCGGCGGAAUUUCUGGGGCUGUUUCUGGCCCGUUCCCGCGGGUUUUUUGGGGGGAUUUGGGGAUUUUUGCUGAGCUGUCCCCGCAGGAAGCCCAGGCCUACGCCGACGACAACAGCCUGCUCUUCAUGGAGACCUCGGCCAAGACGGCCAUGAACGUCAACGACCUGUUCCUCGUUGCAGCCAAGAAGCUGCCCAGGACGGAGGCGCCGAGCUCGGCCGGGGCCGGGGGCCGGGGCCGGGGCGUGGACCUGAGCCAGGAGAGCCCCCGGGGCCGGGGCCAGUGCUGCGGGAACUGAGGGAUCCGCUGGGAUCAACUGGGAUCCACUGGGAUCCACUGGGAUCCGCUGGGAUCCGCUGGGAUCUACUGGGAUCGACCCAGCCCAAAUCCACCCCAGUCACAGCCGGGACCCACCGGACCUGAGCCAGGAGAGCCCCCGGGGCCGCGGCCAGUGCUGCGGGAACUGAGGGAUCCGCUGGGAUCCACUGGGAUCUGCUGGGAUCCGCUGGGAUCGACCCAGCCGGGACCCACAGGACCUGAGCCAGGAGAGCCCCCGGGGCCGGGGCCAGUGCUGCGGGAACUGAGGGAUCCACUGGGAUCCGCUGGGAUCCACUGGGAUCUGCUGGGAUCCAUUGGGAUCUGCUGGGAUCCGCUGGGAUCAAUCCAGCCCAAAUCCAGCCGGGAUCCACUGGACCUGAGCCAGGAGAGCCCCCGGGGCCGGGGCCAGUGCUGCGGGAACUGAGGGAUCCACUGGGAUCUGCUGGGAUCCACUGGGAUCUGCUGGGAUCUGCUGGGAUCCGCUGGGAUCAAUCCAGCCCAAAUCCAGCCGGGAUCCACUGGACCUGAGCCAGGAGAGCCCCUGGGGCCGGGGCCAGUGCUGCGGGAACUGAGGGAUCCGCUGGGAUCCACUGGGAUCUGCUGGGAUCAAUCCAGCCCAAAUCCAGCCGGGAUCCACCGGGAUCCGCCGGGAUCCACCCCAGUCACAGCCGGGACCCACCGGACCUGAGCCAGGAGAGCCCCCGGGGC